AUGCUCGUCCUGAUGUGUUACGCGGCCAAGACCCAGCGCCCCGUGAAGGCGAGCACAGGCUGCGCCAACGCGGGCGUGACCGCCGUUUCCGACCAUUACGCUGUCGUCUUCGACGGCGUCAGCGGCGUCCCGCCGCCAGUGGCCCCCGAGGGUUUGGCGCGGGACAUGCGCGACUCUCUCCGCUAUUCUUGGCUCGCUGGUGGCCAAUUUUUUAACCCGAGCUCUGUGCCCACGACGCCGACCGCGGGCAUGUGGCUCGAGAACUUGAUCGUUAUGGCGGGGACGUUUGCCGAGUCGCUGGGAAGCGCGUGCGUGGCGAUGCUUGACGCCCGCGGUAACAGCGUGUUCGGGCCGCUUCAGUUCACCGCGUGCGUCGACCGGCAUCGGGCAGUCGACGCGCUGACGCAGACGGUCCGCCAGGGCACCGUGCAGCCUGUCAAAGGCGCCCGCCCGGGCGACUUGCUGACGCUCUUCAGCGACGGCGUCGCCGACGACGCCGCGGGGGAAGAACUGCGCCGCAUCCUGUGCAACUCCUCCCACGUGGGUCCCGCCUCGACCGCCCGCGGCGCCCUGGCGCGCGACGGG